UUUCAAAUUCCAUCACCACAAUCAAUCGCCAUGGCGUCGAUACCAGUAAUUGUGAAGCAUCAAGGCAAGAAACACGAAAUCGAGGUCGAUCCGAGCUCCGAUGGCGCCACCUUCAAAUAUCAGCUUUUUUCUCUCACUGGAGUCGAACCGGAACGUCAAAAGAUCCUCGUCAAGGGCGGCCAGCUCAAGGAUGACGCCGACAUGUCCAAGCUGGGUCUCAAGCCCAACCAGACCCUCAUGAUGCUGGGCACCCCCUCCGGAGAUAGCGCGAGCAGGAUUGAGAGGCCAAAGGAGAAGAUCAAGUUUCUAGAAGACAUGACCGAGGCCGAGGUUGCGCAGUCGGAGGGCGCCACACCAUCUGGACUGCAGAACCUGGGAAAUACGUGCUACAUGAACUCCACCCUCCAGGCAUUACGUUCCAUUCCUGAGCUUCAGGAUGAGCUUCUCAAAUACUCGGCAGGCAACGCUGGAUCCAGUUCAGCAGAUCAACUCAGCCAACUCGGUCUCGGUGGCCUCGGAUCUUCUCUAGACCUCACAUCUUCCCUGCGCGACCUCUUUAAGCAAAUGUCCGAGACACAGCAAGGCUUCCCACCCCUCAUGUUCCUCAACGCCCUUCGCACCGCCUUCCCCCAGUUCGCGCAAAAGGCAAAAGACGGCCAGGGCUAUGCCCAGCAAGAUGCGGAGGAAGCUUGGUCGCAGGUCGUAUCACAGCUGAGGCAGAAGCUGAAAAUCACCAACGGCGAGGGCUCGAGUUCGGGUGCGGAAUCUGCCAAGGACCAAUCGUUCAUCGACAAGUACCUAGCGGGCAGAUUUGAGUCGGUCAUGGAGUGUGACGAGCCCGCAGCUAAAGAGGGCGGUGAAGAGCCGGUACGCAGCGAAGACGUUUUCCUCAAGCUCAACUGCCACAUCAACGUCGAGACGAACCAUUUGCGCGACGGUCUGGUUGCCGGUUUGAAGGAGCAGAUCGAGAAGCGAUCCGAAGCUUUGGGCCGGGACGCCGUCUACACUAAGACCUCACGCAUCGCGCGUCUACCCAAGUAUCUGACUGUACACUUUGUGCGAUUCGAUUGGCGGAGGGAUACGAGCAAGAAGGCCAAGAUCAUGCGCAAGGUCACAUUUCCGGAGGAACUGGACGCGGUCGAGUUUUGCACGGACGACUUGAAGAAGCUCCUGAUCCCCGUUCGAGACAAGAUUCGCGACAUUCGUAAAGAAGAGGAGGAUGUUGAGCGUGCUCGUAAGCGGCAGCGACGCAUGCGGGCUGGCGAAGAGAACGAUGCAGGACCCAACGUCACCAAGGAGCCUCUCCAGAAGAAGUCGGAGGCGAAAAAGGCCGCCGAAGCCAAAGCUGCGGCUGAAGACGUCGAGAUGGCUGACGUCGAAUACAAGACGGAGGCUCAGAUCGAAGAGGAACGGGCAGCAUCCAUCCGUGCGGCCAAGGAGGAGCUCCUUGCUCUUGUGGAUCAAAAGUUGGGCGCCGACGACGGAGCUAACCAGACUGGUCUGUACGAGUUGAGGGGUGUCAUUACGCAUCAAGGCGCCAGCGCAGACAGUGGGCACUACACGUCUUUCAUUAAGAAGCAGGGCACCAAGGAUCCUGUAACUGGAAAGAGAAAGGCCGAGGAUGGCAAGUGGUGGUGGUUCAACGACGACAAGGUAUCUGAAGUAGACGCCGAGAGGAUUCAGACCCUAUCUGGAGGAGGCCAGAGUCACUCUGCUCUUAUCUGCUUGUACAAGGCUGUUCCCCUCAGCACCAUCGAGGAUGAGGACGCGGCGAAGCAAGCAUAG